UCCGUAUUUCCUCAGUCACUCUUUUGCAUCAUCGCCAUGCGGUUCACAUCCUCCCACUUCCUGGUAGCUUUUGCUAUCUCGCUGCGUCCUUGCACCUGCUUUUCUGUUUCCACAUCUAGCGAUGCGAAUACACUGGCUAACGCAAUAUUUGGGAACGGACUCACAAUCCUUUCAUCAUCAUUCUCGGGAGCCUCCGUAAGCUCAGGGACGUUUGCCGAUGGACCUUUCGGUAUUGGCAGUGGUGGCAUAUUAACUUCUGGAACCGCAGUUGGCGCCCUCCCCGGCGGUGACCAUUAUGUUAACAAUGGCGCCGCUGGAUCGGAUACGUAUUGCGGUGCCGCCACUUAUAACGCGGCAAUUUUGACUGUCGACUUGUUUUUGAACCCCACCUUUAAUGGCAUCAAUUUCGAGUACAUCAUGGCCUCAGAAGAGGAAGGUGGCUCGGCCGAUCCCGUAGGCAUCUUCCUCAAUGGCGGCCAGUUUGCCCAAGACCCAGACGGAAACAGGUUGAAGGCGACGUCGCGUUAUCUGGCUUAUCCCUUGGUCAUCACACCUCCAAACAGUGUCACUUCGUACCCUGGUUCGUCGCCACCUUUCCUGGUAGGAGUUCCAGUCAGCGGAGCCUUCACGGUGGUUUUGGCCAUUUGUGACCAGGGAGACGCAGAGUGGGAUAGUGCCGUCUUGUUCAAGGCCGAGGGUUGUGUGGAUUGCAACACUGAAGUUAGAUUGGCAUACGUGACGUCGACGACGACAGUUCCCGCUGGAUCAACAACCUUUACAUCGACGACACCGGCUAGUGGAACCGCUUCCGGAACCGUUGUCAUUGGUGUAGAAGCUGCUGAGACAACCACUUCGACAACUACAUCGGAAUCUACCACAGCUACAUCAACCAUGUCGACAACCACAUCCGAAGAAUCUACCACAGCUACACCAUCAACCACCCCGGAAUCAACCCCGACAAUAACCCCGACACUCACAAGCACGACUUCGACUACGACGACCGCAACUCCAACAACAACGGAGUCAACAACUGUUGGGAGAUGUGGUAGAAGACUUAAUUAG